CUCGCAUACGAGCUUAUAAAGAACCGUCGCUGUUCCUUUUUUCGAAUCUUUUAAGUAUGUCGAGACAAAUUUCUCGUCGAUAUUUGUUAUUUUAUUUGUCCGUGAGUGCGAUCCUAGCUUGCGGAUCGGCCCGAAGGAUUCCUAGAGAAGCAGCCUGUCCCUCGUGUGAUCAAAACUAUUUAAAAGUCUUGCCCGCCAAGUUAUUACCAUGGAAUCCCCAUCAAGAAUCAAAUCGGCGAGAUUCCAUCAAUCCGCCUCAAAAUUCCCCUUAUUCUCGUUUGAUGCGAGGAAGAAUCUCUCAGAAUGUAGCACGCGAUGACAACGUUCCAUUGGCUCAAAACUACAGAAGAUUCCAUCAACAAGAACCUUACACAAAUAAAAAUUUGUUUUCCAAAAACUAUCUAAAUAAUUCUCCGAAAUUCUUAGACAGCCAAGAAAUAAUUUCCGAGAAUAAACCUGUGAGAGGAUAUCCUCCUGUUCUUCCAUCGAGACAAGUUUUCGACAGACCAGAAAAUUUGUUCUUCAGAAAUCCUCGCCAUAAAUAUUCAGAGGAAGCAUCCUUGUCAGAGGUCUAUAAAGGGACGAAGGGCUAUAAAAAGAUCGAAGAGGAUCCUAUGAACGAAGUACAAGCCGUGUAUCGCGACGAUAGAGAUACAAAUUCUUCGUGGAAGAAUUCGAGGGACACUUUUUCUUCAAACGUUAUGCAGUCAGAGAAAUCCUUCCCUAAUAUUGAAAACGUUUAUCAACUUCGCCGGGAGGACAAUCUCGACGAGGAAAGGAAUGCAAUCAGGAAGUCUUCGAAUUCUGCCAGUCAGCUUAGGCUCACAUAUCCUCAAGAAAGAUAUACUCCCAUAGGAUUCAGUCCGUCAGAAAUUAAGCGUGAUUCUUAUGUCAAGGAUGCAGAUAUCUCAAAAUCAACGAAAGAAUUCUUCGAUAAUUGGGACAUCGCUAAGGAUUCGUUGCAAUUCUCGAAUCGGGGACAGUUUAGAAAUAAUCUCUUAGAGGUAUAUCCUGCGAAAAAGCAAGAAAUUAUUGACAGAGACGAUAACGAACAAAUCAAUUCUAAUUCUUAUAAUUCUAAGUUCCCUCAGGAUUUAAAUAUAUGGGGACCAAAAAAGGAUGAAAAGUCGUUCGAUUCUCCGACGACAGCAAAUGCUAGACCUUUCGAAAAUAAAAAAGAUGAUGAGGAUAUGAAAAAAUAUUUUGACAAUACUGAACGUUUUAUGAAUGACAAGGAUAUAAAAGAAUAUUUUGAAGACGAGAGUGAACACUAUAUGGACGAUAAAGAUAUGAAAGAAUAUUUUUAUGAUGACGAAACUGAACGCUUCAUGAAUGACAAGAACGUGAAAGAAUAUUUUGAUGACGAGACUGAACAGAAUACCUUCGAGACUGCACGAAGUAAUCCUCGUGUCUUGCCUCAGAAUAUUUGGAAGGGACGAGAAAACGAAAAACUCGACAAUUUAGAUUUUAUGCGCGACAACUCGCAACAGACGUGAGAAUUGGAUUUAUACUCUGAAGAAAAUAAUAAGUAUUUCCAGGACGAGCAAAACGAGGAUGCAAGCUUUCGAGACAGAGCAUACGCCAAUGCCGAAACUGCUCGCGCACCCGCGAUUAACGCUUACACAUAUCCUCGCUACUUGAAUGUUGUAAAUCAUGAAAAGAAUUCUGCCAAGUCCGAGACGCAGGAAUUAUCGGAAGCUAAAAACAAUAUACGCGCAAAUUCUGUAAAAAAAAUGGA